AUGAACGAUCGUUACCUCGUCCGGGAGGUUGAAACAAAGCAAGAGUUGGAGGAGGUACUCGAAGUGAUUUGGGCAGCAAAUCACACACCAUACGAACCUUUCAUUCAGCUGUUUUUUCCGAUCCUUGGUUUCACACCUGCACACCGCGAGGCUGCAAUCGCCGAAUCGAAGGAGCGAUUCUGGAGACAACACGCCGCAGACCCUUCGAGCCAUUGGCUCUACGCCUUCGACACCGUCACCGAGAAGGCUGUAGGCUGUGCGCAAUGGGUGUUAUCAACAACAAACCCAUUCGUCAAGGGCGUGCCCAAACUGGAGGCACCGUGGUGGCCUGAGGGUGAAUGUCGUAAAUUCUGCGAAUCGAUCUUGAACCAAGCCUACAGGCCACGGGCCAACUGGAUGACGCGUCCUCAUUGUGCACUAAAUUGGAUGGCGGUCACUCCCGCACAUCGUCUGUGCGGUAUCGGCUCGCAAUUAAUGAGAGCGGGUAUAAAGAAAGCAGACAAUCUUAAUCUCGAAUGUUGGCUGGAAGGAUCGGACAUGGGGAAGCCAUUGUACGAGAAGUUUGGUUUCCAGUCUCUUCUCAAGGUGGCCUUCGACACCGGAAUGCCUGGCGCGACUGAUGAAUGGCGGAAGUGCGCACACGAGAUGACGCCAGCGGCUAUUUUCGCGAUGUGGAGACCAAAGCAAGGCUUGUGGAGGCUGGAGAACGGACAAGAGGUGGGGCUACCAUGGAUUCUGGGUGUUCAGCCAGUAUUAGAUGGUACCUCGCACUCGCAUGAUGCCUGA